UUCUCAGCGGCUCCACAUUGAAUCGCGCGCUUUUUUCACAUUCUGAAUAUGAGGACGGGCUCAAUUUUGAUAGUUUUUGUGAUUAUUGUUGCAACUAUUGCACAGGAAACUAAAAUUGUUCCAAAAGGAUGCAGAGAAUUGUUCGACCUAUCUUUCGUAAUAGAUGGCUCAGACAGUAUUUCUGCUGAAAAUUUCGAAAAACUUCGAGUUUCCGUUGCCAGAAUGGUAGAUAGUUUCCACAUAGGUUCAGGGCAGACAAGAAUGGGCAUAGUGGUAUAUAGCAAAGACGUAGCUCUCUCCGUCCCCCUAUCAGAUGACCCAGUCUACCUAAGGAAAGAGGCUCUUGGUAUGCCACAUCCAAGAGAAGGAACAAACACACAUCUAGGAAUAGAGGCCAUGGUAAAAGAGUUUAGAACAAGAGGACGACCAGGUGUACCUAAGGCGGGUGUGGUGGUCACUGAUGGAAUAUCUAAAGAUGAAGCUGCCACACAACAAUGGGCGAAAACAGCCAGGGACGAAGGGAUUAAUAUGUUUUCUGUCGGUAUUGGGAGAUAUACAGAGCCCAAGGAGCUGGAAGGAAUUGCAUCAGCACCUAAUCAAGCAAUCAACGUGGAUUCCUUUGACGAGCUUUUGGCCAUUUUACAAAAACUCGUACAACUUGUUUGUCCAAACAAGUGCAUGAUGCCCGGUGUUAAAUCUUAUCCACAUGACAUAUCUAAAAACUGUCGCAUUUACUGGAAAUGCGAGGGAGAGGAAUCAAAACUUACCUGCUGUCCAAAGGGAUACGCGUAUUCAGCACUUACCCAGUCCUGUGUCCAGGACCCAAAAUGUGUUGACCCUUGUGGAAAUGAGGGUCCAGUCUGCAAAAAGAGACCAGCCAUUUACCAGCCUAAUAUGUAUGAGGAAUUAAUUGAAGGGUAUGGUUGGGUUCAAAGGUCCUGUCCUUUCGGACGACUUUACAACCAAGCCACAUGUGGCUGUACCAUCAAACAGCCGCCUAGAAGAGUAUGCAAAGUAUUGGUACACAUUCCAUUUGACUACGACUGUAUUGAUGUAUCCGGGAACAACAUUCGAGUGAAAAACCACGGCGUCAAAUUCACCAGGACCGGAUUGGCAUUGUUCGAAAACAAAGCCAAGUUAGUAAUUCCCAACAUUCAGAGAAAACUGAACUCUAAUUUUGUCAUUAAAAUGAGAUACAAGGAGUUCCCAAGUUUUGAAACCCAGGGCCUUUUGAGUAAUGGAGACUGCUAUACUCCCAAUACAAUGAUGGUUUUCAAAAAUUCAAUACGGCACACAUAUAAAGUUUAUAAUCCUUAUGGACAACUAACAUCAUUUUCUAUUCCAACAAAUCUUCAACCCUGGAACGAGGUCACCUUCAGCCAUGAUGGAAAUGUUUUAGGUGGAUCUGUCAACGGGGUUCAAUACAGAAAGAAUACAAACGGUCCAUUACAACGAACACCGUACGGAAUUUCGAUCGGGUUCGUGGAUGGAUACCGGAACUUCCAAGGAUAUAUGGACUAUGUUACAAUUUACAAAUGCACAAAUAUCAAUAUGUACACAAAGUACUAAUGAAUGGAGAACAAAGC